UCGUCAUGUUGGACAGCGUCCGGUGUCUGAUGUCCGUGGUGAUGGCUUCGCCGUCGGAACGGUCGGCCGCCGCCGACAGCGUACGCCGAGGGCUGGCCAGUCAACGGCGGUUGGAGUCUGGCGGUUCCAAGCGUAAGGUGCGCGUGCACAGGAUCAGCUCCAGGUACCCGGCCGUCGAGGUCAGGACUCGGAUGGACUCGUACGGCACCGGUGUGCCGGCGGUUGCGGCGGCGCCAUCGGCGGUCGACUCGAAUGCCGCCGACGUCGUCGUUUGUGGUUCCGGCGGAUCGUCUACUACAUCGUCGUCGUCGUCGUCGUCGUCGUCAUCGUCGACGUUGUCUACGUCGGCUACGGACACGGCGGCCGGCUGCUCGUCCGUCUCGGACACAGACUUUUACUACGAGGACCGGACCGACGGCGUCGGGCGGCACACGACCGUCAUCGAACUCAGGGCCGAACACGUGGACCGGACGGAGACGGUCCAAGAGGAGUUCCAAGACAGCUUGACGCCCGCUUACUACGAGGCCGACGACCACCACCAUCGACGCCAGUUGCAGCAGCUUCACGUCCGCCGUCGGACCGUAGAAGUCGUCACGAAACACCGGCACGUGCUUUCCGAAUCGUGUCGCGUCAAAGUGGAAAACCUGAGAUAUGGUCGAGUGAACGUGGUCAGGUGGCUGUUGUGGGAAGCAGACAUGCCGGUGCUGGAAAGGUCCAACAACGGUGCUCUGGCACUGCACUACGCGUCGGCCAGAGGAUGUCUGGACUGCGUGAAGCUCCUAUGUAAAUCGGCCGGUGAAAUAUGCGCAAACACUCAAAUGGACAACGACGUCACGCCUGUUUACUUGGCCGCACAAGAGGGACACCUGGAAGUACUCAAAUUCCUUGUACUCGAGGCAGGCGGUUCGCUGUACGUCCGAGCCAAAGACGGUAUGGCACCCGUACAUGCCGCCGCUCAAAUGGGUUGUCUCAACUGUUUGAAAUGGAUGGUUAGAGAUCAAGGAGUCGACCCAAACCUCAGAGAUGGCGAUGGUGCAACAGCGUUACAUUUCGCUGCAAGCAGAGGUCAUGUUGACACGGUGCGAUGGUUGUUGAGGCAUGGUGCCAACCUGGUCGUAGACAAAUAUGGGAAGAGCCCAAUCAACGACGCAGCGGAAAACCAUCAAAUGGAGUGUCUGAACAUAUUGGUGCAACAUGGUACGAUGCCGGAUUAUCACGACGAGAAAAAGAACGGCAGGCUGUUGGGCUGUACGUGUCGGAAAGAAGAACCGAAAACACGAUGCUCGUUUGCCGAUUGCGUCAACUACAAGAAGAGCCAGGAACCUUUUUACCUACACCCUCCGUCACCGGUGGGCGAUCAUCAUCCGCAGCAACAGAAACAGCAUAACGGGACCGGGCGCGGCAAGGUGGCCGUCAAAGACGGUCUGUACGUCGUCAACGCACCGCCGUCGCCGCCGCAGCAUCAACAGCAACAGCAACAGUUUUGCAAAGUCAACGCGGCGACGGUCGUGCUGCAGGCCGUCGAACCGGUCAGACCGCCGCCGCAGCCGCAGGGACCGUUUUACCUGCACAACCCGAACGGAUUGAUCGACGACCCGGUGAAGGACAUAUUCGCGACGGACAAGGCAGCGGCAAAAGCGGCGGCGUACGUGACCACGGCCGCUCCCCCGCCGCCACCACUGCCGGCCAUUGGCCUCAACACCAUGACCGUCAAGGUGGAGGUGCACAGCAGCAACAGCAGCUCCGGCGCCGGGUCGGACGAGAACCUCAGCUCGUCGUCGUCGGACAGGGGCAGCGACCCGGGCACGGCCGCCGGCGAGAACGACUACGAGGACAUUUACGAGGUGAGGCACCGGGCCGAGGGCGUGGGCCUCCUGCACCACACGCAACACCAUCACCGCGGCAAAGAGUCCAAGAGCCCCAGCCGGGACUCGGGCAGCCACAGCCGAUCGGGAUCCAUGAGCUCCACGGGCAGCGGUGUAGGCGGCACGGCCGGCGUCGUCGGUUCGUCCGUGGUCGUGCUGCACACGAGUAGCGGCGGCGGCAACGGCGCCGGCGACGGAAAGAAGUCGGUCAGCUCGCCGUGCUCGGCGGUCACCAACGUCACCGUCAACGGCGGCUCGACCGACAUGAUCGAGUGCUACGAGCCCGUCGGCGCAAUGACGCCAGAGUCGGGAGUGUCGAGCGGCUCGCCGUCGGACGUGAGCCAUUCGGCCGAAGACUCGGACCCGGAGCUGCCGGGCCAGCAUCACCAUCACACGCUGCCGCUGCACGCGGCCGUUCACCACCACAAGGAACGGACGCCGCUGAAGCGCGUGGUGUCGGAACCGGCGGCGGUCGUGUGUCCUCCGCCGCCCCCGCCGCCCAUGCCCGUCAACGAUUUCCACGGACAGGUGUACGUGUACGUGCAACAGCAGUCGGUCCGCAAUCCCAGGGAAUAUUCAGAAGGUGGAGGGGCGACGGUGUCGGCGAUGACCGGACCUCAGCAACCGGCAGCGUUCAUUCCGCCAAAGUUCCCGGCCACGGGCGUCCACGACAUCGGACUCAUCAAACCCUCCGAGUACUUGAAGAGCAUCGUAACCGGCGAUCCCAACGAAGUGGCCGUCAGACCGGCAAACGCGCCUUUGCACAGGACCAAGUCCGAACUGUCGGUGGCCGUCCAACACCAACAGCAGCACCAGCAACAGCCGUUGGCCGCGAUCAGCAUACACGACUUGCACAGCGUACAGCUCAAGAAAACGCCGGGCACCGUGAAGAUCAUGCAGAACAACAACAACGACGCGGACAAACACUCCGGUGCCGUGCCUCCGUUACAAGCACAAAGGCAAGAUCUGAUAGCAGAACUAAAAAUGUCAAAAGAUAUCAACGGCAUUAAAAAAAUGAAAGUUGAAAAAGUCAAAAUGGACGAGAUGAGCGAAAAACAAAAGAUCAACGAGAUCACCAAACAGUUGUCACCUGACAAUAUCAUAGAUCAGAUCCCGGAAAAAGACGCCAACGGUAAUGUGAUACCCGCUUGGAAGCGUCAGAUGAUGGCUAAAAAGGCAGCGGAAAAAGCACGAAAAGAUAUGGAAGAAGAGCUUAGCCGGCAAGCGGAGGAAAAGCGUUUACAAUCUUUGCCGCCGUGGAAACGGCAACUGAUGCAAAAUAAGAGACAAGACGAUAAGCUAUCGAACAAUGGGAAACCACCACCACCAGCUCCCAUGGCCAAGGUGACCUUUGCCGAUACUGCAACGGACGGCCAGAACAAGGAAAACGAUCUACCAGCAGUGGACGACGAAUCUGUGCCGGACACAGAUGAGAAACCAUCGGUGCCACAGCCUCCUUCGCAGCAACAGCAACAUGUCUCCAAUAACAACACAAAAGACGCAGACAGCGAUGAUGGUCUUGCCAAAAUCAUUCCGUGGAGAGCUCAAUUGAGGAAGACCAAUAGCACUCUUAAUCUUUUAGAGUAAUAUACCGCCUAUAUAUUAUACGCAAUACUGUUCCAUAUUAUUAUUAUUUUUAUUAUUUAUAUACAUAUUAUACUUACGAUUAUUAAUUUUAUUAUCAUAUACAUAUAUAUAGAUAUAAUACUUAAAUAAUAUUUAUAAUUUAUACGAUACACCCAUUGUAUACUAUUAUAUAAACGUUGUCUUCUCUAUGCUGUUAAUAAUUAAAAACAAAAAUUCACAACAAUAAUGUGUGUUAAGGAUUCAAGCGUAUAGGCAUGUAUAGUAUAGUUUUAUAUAUUAUAUAAAUAAUUCAAUAUAAUAUUAUUUAAACUAUAAUGUCUACAGUUUACAUUAAUCUAUCAAUAUCUAUGUACGAUGUUCUAAUAUAUUAUUCUCGCGCGCCGCAUGUAUAAAUAAGCCCUUUGAAAUUGUUUUUUUUUUCUUUAUUUAAUUAAAUUUGUAUACUUUCAAAAUAUAGAACAUCGAUUUUCAUUUGAUCGUGUGUAUACCUACGAGAUGUAUCAUCCACCCUUUUCCCGAUACAUAAAUUAAAAAUGCAGUGUUUUUAAAUUGCCUCAUGUAAAUGGUUGUUAUAAAUCAUGUAUCUAUAUUGAUAGUUUAUUAAUAUUGAGUGAAAACUGACAAUAUAUUUUUAUACUUGGAUUUA